AUGAUUGUGGUCCUCAGAAAAUCACCAAAGUCACUGGGUUCAUAUAAAUAUUUGAUGGUUUUCAUGUCAAUCUCAGAACUUUGUUAUGCUUUGAUUGACAUUCUACUGAAACCAGAAGUGAUACUAAAUGGAAGUUUUUGGACUGUUGGAACUAACUCUACGAGGACAAUCUUACCGUUAUGGUUGGCUUAUCCAUUAGUCCGUUCAGAAGUACAAGAAGUCAACUGGAAUAAUAUGAACGGUCUCAUUCUGAUGAGUUCUAUUGUGGCUCUCUCCCUUAUCACUAUGAUAUAUUUUGCUGUGAAAGCUCAUAAAGCGAUUCGAGAGUUAGCUUCUUCUUGCGAGAACUUAUCCUCAUUGGCUCAAUCCCUCCAAAGACAAUUGUUCUACUCACUCGUCAUUCAAACCAUCAUCCCAAUGAUUCUCAUUCACGUCCCCACCACUUUCAUAGUCGUCAGCUCACUUUUAGGUGUUGGAAAGCAAUUAUACGGGGAUGUUAUAAUUGUGACAAUUGGAUUAUUUCCUGCGAUUGAUCCAUUGCCAAGUUUGAUUAUCAUCAAGCCUUAUCGAGAGGCUAUUAAGAACUUCCUGCUUUUCAAAAAACCGAGUUCAACGAUCAGACCAGAUGAUACAAAAUUCUCAAAUGUUAUCAGUAGAGCUGUGUUUACUUGA